AUGAAGACGGCCGCGUUUCGGCGGGGCGACCGCGUCGAAGUAGCGAGCGAGGAAGAAGGGUUUCACGGUUCCUACUUUGAGGGGAAUGUGGUGGAGGUGUUGGGUUCGAACCAGUACAAGGUGGAGUAUGUCAAUCUGGUCAAAACAGAGGACGAGUCGGAGCUUCUGAUCGAAACGGUCUCCGGCGAGUUCAUCCGGCCAUUCCCGCCGCGAAUCCGCUUUGGGUGCGGGGGAUUCGGCCCGAUGGAAGCGGUGGAUGCGUGGGACAACGAUGCCUGGUGGGUCGGCAGAGUGACGGGGAAGAAGGGGAUGAUGUACCAUGUUUACUUUGAUUACACAGGGGAUGAGAUUGCUUACCCUGUUUCGAAGCUGCGACCUCAUCUUGAUUGGUCGAACGGGCGGUGGGUUUCGCCGGAUAGAAGGAAGAAACGCGGCCGCGAUUCGUCGCCGGCCAGGAACGCAUUCAGUUAG